GAGCAAAGCUUCCGCUCUCAUCACCUACACACAUGAAACACAACAUGGCACCUGCCUGCCGAGGUGUUGUUGUGGUAGCCCUUUCACUUCUCUGCUUCAGUCGAGCCAUCUUUUCCACUGAGCACUUAUCUACUCUCACUUUCUUCAACAGCGAUCUGCACAAACAUGGUUGUAGCUCGCCAGAGUUGGAAGAGUACGCAGCGGACUGCGAGUCAUCGAUUCUGCAGUUGGAGGACCCGGACUGUGAGGAAGGAAGCAGUCCGCCAUGUCAGUCGGUCUUCUCGCUCAACGCUGAGAAGAUCCUGAGCCAAGCAAGGCUGUUCAUAGAGCAGAAAAGGUUCCCUUUCCCUGUCGACAACCUCAACACAAACGAGGAGCUCGCAAUAGGAUACGUUCUCAUAGGCAACGGCCUCUACGACGAAGCCAUCAAACACUUCUCUUUGCUACUGCAGGGGGACCCAGAGCUGGUCAGUGCCAUCUACGGACGAGGGAUAGCGUACGGGAAGAAGAGUCUGCAGGACAUAAAGAAUGCUGACUUGGCGCUCUACGAGCUGAGCCGAGUCAUUGCCCUGGAGCCCAGCAGGCCUGAGGUGUACGAGCAGAGGGCAGAGAUCCUUUCACCGCUGGGCCGUAUCACAGAGGCCCUGAGUGACCUGUCUAAAGCCAUCCAGCUGCAGCCUUCAGCACGCCUCUACAGACAUAGAGGAACCCUGCUCUUCAUUUCUGAGGACUAUGUAUCUGCAAUGGAGGACUUCCAGCGCUCUCUGGACCUGAAGAAGAACCAGCCCAUCGCUAUGCUCUACAAAGGCCUUACCUUCUUCCACAGAGGCAUGCUUAAGGAAGCCAUAGAGACCUUUAAGGAGGCCCUGAAAUUGAAAGCGGACUUCAUAGAUGCUUAUAAAAGCCUGGGCCAGGCCUACAGGGAGUUGGGGGACUUUGAGGCGGCCAUGGAGAGCUUCCAGCGAGCCUUGCUGCUCAACCAGAACCACAUCCAGUCCCUUCAGCUCCGAGGCAUGAUGCUCUACCACCACGGCAGCCUGCAAGAGGCCAUUGGAAACUUUAAGCGGUGUCUGCAGUUGGAGCCCUACAACGAGGUUUGCCAGUACAUGAAGGGGCUGAGCCACGUGGCCAUGGGCCAGUUCUACGAGGGCAUCAAGGCCCAGACCAAGGUCAUGCUCAACGACCCCCUGCUGGGGCAAAAGGCCAGCUCGGAGUACCUGAAAGUCAAAUACCUCAGAGAAUACUCCCGGUACCUCCACUCUCACCUGGACAUCUCCGUGGCUGAGUACAACGUGGACCAGGACCUCCCAGGAAACUUCAAGAACCACUGGGCCAAGAACCUGCCCUUCCUCAUCGAGGACUACGAGGAGCAGCCGGGCCUGCAGCCGCACAUCAAAGACGUGCUACCGCAGAACUUUGAGAGCUACAGCAGCGAGGUCCAGAAGCUCAUCUGCACGGCCGAUCACCUGGGGGGCCUGAUGCAGUACAACACCCCCGGCUUCCUGCCCAACAGGCGCAUCCACCGAGCCAUGGGCCUGGCCACCCUGGAGGUGAUGCAGGCGAUGCAGCGGACCUGGAGUAACGCCAAGGUCCGGGUCAACGGCAAGACCAGGCAGAUGCAAUGGAGAGACAUGUUCGACAUAGCCGUCAAAUGGAGGCGGAUCGCAGAUCCGGACCAGCCAGUUCUGUGGUUGGAUCAGAUGCCCGCCAGGAGUCUAAGUCGUGGGUUCAACAACCACAUCAAUCUCAUCAGGGGGCAGAUUAUCAACAUCCGCUAUCUGGCUUACUUCGACGACAUCCUCAACUUCAUCAAAGACAGAAUACUGGUCUAUCACGGGGCCUACAAUCCCAGGGGGCUGCUGGAGGUUAGACAGGCUCUGGAGAGUGUCAGCAAGGUGGAGGACCUGCUGCCUAUCAUGAAGCAGUUCAACAGUAAAACCAGAGAUGGCUUCACAGUCAACUCCAAGGUGCCCAGUGUGAAGGAUCCUGGGAAGGAGUAUGACGGCUUUACCAUCACCAUCACAGGAGACAGAGUGGGGAACAUGCUGUUCUCAGUGGAGACCCAGACCACCGAGGAGAGGACCCAGCAGUACCAGUCUGAGAUCGAGAACCUCUACAAGGACCUCACAGCCAAGGGCAAGGCCCUCAUGCUCUCCACAGAACUGGGGGACGCUGAUGCAGUGUGUAACCUCAUCCUAUCUCUGGUCUACUACUUCUGUAACCUCAUGCCCCUUUCUAGAGGCUCCAGCGUGGUGGCCUACUCCGUGGUCAUGGGAGCUCUGAUGGCCAGUGGGAAGGAGGUAAUAGGGAGGAUCCCCAGAGGAAAGCUGGUGGAUUUCGAAGCCAUGACGACGCCCAGUCCAGACAGUUUUAGUAAAACAGCCAAGAACUGGAUGAAUUUAAAAAGUUUACCGGGCUGGUACCAGAAUCUUCCGUCAGUAGCAGAAACCUUCCCUACCUCCAGAACCAUGAUUGAAGUUCUGAACACAGACCCGACCUCGCACUGUCCCAAGAAGUCAUAACAAGACCCUUCCCCCCCUCCUCCAACCCCCCCUCCCCAGCCACCAGCUGCCUGGACCACUCAGCCCCCCACCCCCCUCAACCAGCUCUACACUCCCCUGCCCUGUAGAUGCAAGAUCUAAAACAACGGGGUAGGCCUGAGCAAGUUGGCGUCCUCUCUGCCUGCCGGAGAAUACAGUGAAGCCGGCGGCCAUCUUACUUGAUCCUGUCUGUUGUUCUUGAGGUCUAGUGUCUAUGGGGGUUAAGCUGUAGAGGUUGGUGGAGGCCUGGGGGGGGGGGGGCUGUCCCCUUUCUCUCUCUUUCUGUAUCUCUCUCUCCAGAAGCACAAAAACCCCUCUCCCAAGUCUCUAAAUGGAACUGUGAACGUCCCCACGUUGUUUAGUAACAGCCUCCGUCUGUGGACAAGGAGCUCUCUACCUGUAGACGUGUAAUCACCAUGGGAUGAGAGGGUGGGGUUGCGUUCACAACUCCCAUGGUAAAAGCUCAUGUUUUUUCGGGAUUUUCUGGCACCCACCACCUGCUUUCUAACAAUUGUUCUCUAUGGUACUGGAAAGCUUGAUGGGUGGGUUAGACAAAUUGAUAUGUGAAUGGGAGGGAUUCCCUAUGAAUGUGAUUGGCACUUUAAUUCUAUUCUAUUUUAAAAACAACCCCCUUAUACCUGUAGAGAGUACUAGCAGAGAGAAAGGACAGGGAGAUUUUAAAUUUAACUUUUUCUUCGGGGCUAUUUAAUUCCUCUUGGGAUACUUGAAAAGAAAAAAGACAAGCCAUUUUUUUUUAUUAGUCUUGUUGAUGUCGGAAGGCACUUUUUGUCAUUGUUUUAACUUACCAGUAAAAGGUGUGAUGAGGAGGAAUAGGAUCAAAAACUAUUUUGGGUUGCACUCAAACGCAACACAUUAUUUUGAGGGAAAAGUGAACCGAAGAAGAAGGAAAAAAAAAAAAAGCACACAACAUGGUGCCAUUUUAAUCAUUCCUCUGGUGCUGUCAGAAGGCAAACAUCCAUGAGCCAAUCAUUUCUUUACCCUUUGUUCUUUUUUCUCUCCAGUAAUGUGUUUUAAUUAGCAAGGUCACAACUGCACACACAGCAGUGUACUUUCAGGGACUUUCACUAGGGCAGACUAUGGGUGACUGAGAUUAGUCCUGGACCAAUUAUCCACAAAGUUCUCUGUUCCCAUCUCAACCUGUUACUGGGACUUAGCAACACACACGACGAUGGUUCCCUUUUGUGAAUGAGCUCAUGAUCAAAAAAGCUUAUUGAAUGAAACAAAGAUGUUCUUUCAACUGACCUGUGCAGGUCCAUUUUGGGAGGUAACUACUGUUUUAUGUUUCCAUAUUAACGAUUGUGCUGACUGGUUUGGAUUUAGUUUUUCUUUCUUUUUGUCUUCUUCUUUGUUUUUUUUGCACUGGGUGAAUCAUUGUAAUAAAGUGUUACGGUGGACUUUUAAAGUACUUUAUGUGUCUCAACUUGAAGAAAAAGGAAUGUGUGAUUUUAGGGGAUUUUGUGGUCCAGGAUGAAUUGGGAUGUUCAAAUGGUCAAUAAAACGGCUACACUGA